GAGGUGGACCCUCGAAUGAGCGUCCCUUGCAAGGGGACAGCACUGGAAGAACCUUUAUGGGCUCCUUAUGACAUGCAGGUGGAUGAUUUACUCGUGAUAAUUAAGGUCAACAUGGAUUUGUGGUUCUUUCUCCUUUUGCUCGGAAGCAGCCUGAGAAGCGUAGGUGCUAACAACAUCACAACAGGGCCACCCACAACAGUGCCCACCUCCCCCAGGAGCCCCACCAAAGCUCCUACAGCAGGUCCUGAGGAUGGGACUACGACGAGCGCACACAGCCUCAACAUUAGCACUCCAGUGACUGUUUCUACCAUGGCAUCAAAGCCACCUGCAUCUACAGCCACCAUGAUCUCCAACACCACCACUGUCAGCCUCAACACCUCCACCCUGGGGACAACCAUGCCUGUGCCUCCAGCCACCUCCCUGCUGCCUGGUGUGACGCCGUCUGCUCCAUACACUGCUCUCCCCAGCACAGAAGCAGAGACGAUGGAGAGGAACUUCAGUGCAACAGUCACAACACAAGAGACCUCUUCUGCUUCCCACAAUGGUAACUCUGACAGAAGAGAUGAGACUCCAAUUAUAGCUGUGAUGGUGGCCCUGUCUUCCCUUCUAGUGAUAGUAUUUAUUAUUAUUGUGCUGUACAUGUUAAGGUUCAAGAAAUACAAGCAAGCAGGGAGUCACUCCAACUCCUUCCGAUUGUCCAACGGCAGGACAGAUGAUGCAGAGCCCCAGAGCAUGCCGCUGCUGGCCCGCUCCCCCAGCACCAACCGGAAGUACCCUCCCCUGCCCGUGGACAAGCUGGAAGAGGAGAUCAACCGCCGCAUGGCCGACGACAACAAGCUCUUCCGGGAGGAGUUCAACGCUCUCCCAGCGUGUCCCAUACAGGCCACGUGUGAAGCUGCUUCCAAGGAGGAGAACAAGGAGAAGAACAGAUAUGUGAACAUUUUACCCUAUGAUCAUUCCAGGGUUCACCUGACUCCUGUUGAGGGGGUUCCUGACUCCGACUACAUCAAUGCCUCCUUCAUUAAUGGGUACCAAGAGAAAAACAAGUUCAUUGCUGCACAAGGACCAAAGGAAGAAACCGUGAAUGAUUUUUGGAGGAUGAUCUGGGAGCAAAACACAGCAACAAUUGUCAUGGUGACCAACUUGAAAGAGAGGAAAGAGUGUAAGUGUGCUCAGUACUGGCCAGACCAGGGCUGCUGGACCUACGGCAACAUCCGAGUGUCCGUGGAGGACGUGACUGUCCUGGUGGAUUACACUGUGCGGAAGUUCUGCAUCCAGCAGGUGGGCGAUGUCACGAACAAGAAGCCUCAGCGCCUGGUGACACAGUUCCACUUCACCAGCUGGCCUGACUUUGGGGUCCCCUUCACCCCCAUUGGGAUGCUGAAGUUCUUGAAGAAAGUGAAGACAUGUAAUCCCCAGUAUGCAGGAGCAAUAGUGGUGCACUGCAGCGCCGGGGUGGGCCGCACCGGCACCUUCAUCGUCAUCGACGCCAUGCUGGACAUGAUGCAGGCCGAGCGCAAGGUGGACGUCUAUGGCUUCGUCAGCCGCAUCCGCGCCCAGCGCUGCCAGAUGGUACAGACCGACAUGCAGUAUGUGUUUAUAUACCAAGCACUUCUGGAGCACUAUCUCUAUGGUGACACAGAGCUGGAGGUGACCUCAUUGGAGAUCCACCUUCAGAAGAUCUACAACAAAGUGCCAGGGACCAGCAGCAAUGGGCUGGAAGAGGAGUUCAAGAAGCUCACUUCAAUCAAAAUUCAGAAUGACAAGAUGAGGACAGGCAAUUUGCCAGCGAACAUGAAGAAGAACAGGGUGCUUCAGAUAAUUCCAUAUGAGUUCAACCGAGUAAUCAUUCCAGUGAAGAGAGGUGAAGAGAACACAGACUACGUCAACGCUUCCUUCAUUGACGGCUAUCGCCAGAAGGACUCCUACAUUGCCAGCCAGGGACCACUGCAGCACACGAUAGAGGACUUCUGGAGGAUGAUCUGGGAGUGGAAAUCCUGCUCCAUAGUGAUGCUCACGGAGCUGGAGGAGAGAGGCCAGGAGAAGUGUGCCCAGUACUGGCCAUCUGAUGGCUCUGUGUCCUAUGGAGACAUCACUGUGGAGCUGAAAAAAGAGGAGGAGUGUGAGAGCUACACGGUGCGGGACCUGCUGGUAACAAACACAAGGGAAAACAAGAGCCGGCAGAUCCGGCAGUUUCACUUCCAUGGCUGGCCAGAAGUUGGGAUCCCUGGGGAUGGGAAGGGAAUGAUCAACAUCAUUGCAGCUGUGCAGAAGCAGCAGCAGCAGUCUGGCAACCACCCAAUCACUGUGCACUGCAGUGCUGGAGCAGGAAGAACAGGCACCUUCUGUGCACUCAGCACUGUCCUGGAGAGGGUGAAGGCAGAAGGGAUUCUCGACGUCUUUCAGACAGUGAAGAGUCUGAGACUACAGAGGCCACAUAUGGUGCAGACACUGGAACAGUACGAAUUCUGCUACAAGGUGGUGCAGGAAUACAUCGACGCCUUCUCGGACUACGCCAACUUCAAGUGAAGAAGGAGAAGAAAAACAACCAACAAAAUCCACACCCUGAAAAACAAAAUGACAGAA